AUGUCUUUAUCAUGGUUGGAAGACUCAAGCUCAGAAUAUUCAAGCGACGACGACGGUAAUUCUCCUACUCGCCGAAACCAGGAAACACCCACUCUACCCCUGGUUGAGCCAAGUGAGGCUGUGGUCGAGGAUGGCCUUACUGGAGACAGCCAGGCUACGGAACCAAUAGUCAUCCAUGCUCGCGAAUACCAGCUUGAAAUGUUUGAAGAAAGCCUCAAACGAAACAUAAUUGUUACAAUGGAGACGGGUACUGGGAAAACACAGGUCGCCGUCCUCAGAAUACAAGCUGAACUUGAAAAGUCGCCAGCCGAUAAAAUUAUUUGGUUCCUAGCUCCCACUCUCGCCCUUUGCGAGCAGCAAGUGAGAGUCCUCAGAUCUCAGAUUCCCUCUAUCCAGAUCAAAUUUCUCAGUGGCGCAGACGGUAUUGAUACUUGGACGGAUAGUCGUACUUGGAACGACUAUCUGAAAAAUACCCGUAUCGUCGUCUCUACUCAUCAAGUUCUCCUAGAUGCAACCAGUCAUGCAUUUGUGCGGAUCGAUCGACUCUCCCUAGUCGUUCUUGACGAAGCGCACAACUGUGUCGGGAAACAUCCUGGUAGCAAGUUCAUGGCCUUGUAUCAUGACCGCAAAGCUGUUGGCCUUCCUGUUCCGUCAAUACUUGGUCUGACAGCGAGUCCUAUUAUGAAUUCGAAGCUUGACGCCCUCGAAAUCAUCGAAAAGACACUGGAUGCUGUUUGCAAAAGCCCAACUAUUCACCGAGAAGAGCUUAUGUCUAUUGUCAAACGACCGAUUAUGUACUACAUUUUCUAUUCUCAGCUCGACGAUAUCCCUCGCACCAGGUCGAUGAAUAGUUUAGCUGAAGUGUUCCACAAUCUGGAUAUAUACAAAGAUCCAUAUAUCGUUCGUCUGCAAACAGACAGAAGCGAGCGUAGUCGGGUAGCUAUGAAAAGGGCCCUAGAAAAGAGGAGUACCUACGUCUUCAAUCAGAUGAAAUCUUUAUGGCGAAAGAGUUCCGAGAUCCAGAGAGAGCUUGGAUCAUGGGCUGCGGAUUACUUUAUAUAUGCUAGCAUAUCUAGCUUCCUCGAAUCGGUAAAGGAGAAUGACUCUUGGUUUCGUGAGUGGGAAAUUGAGGAGAAACAAUACCUAUCAGAUGCCUUAGGAAAGAUCACUAUAUCGCGGCCGCCGCCACUUGGAGAUAACAUACCCGCCGUCGAUAUCUCGAGCAAAGUCACAGCUCUUAUACAGGAGCUCUCAGCUUCAGUUGACGAGAUGAUAGGUAUUAUUUUCGUACGGGAGGUCGCUACAGUGGCCGUCUUAGCACAUAUGCUCUCCAUCCAUCCCUUGAUCAAAGACCGCUUUCGGAUUGGAGCCAUGAUAGGUACGAGUAAUCACGCCGCCCGAAAACGAGACAUCGGUACCCUCAACAAGAAUGGUGGUUAUCAAGACCUAGAGAAAUUCCAGAACGGAACACUUAACCUCCUCAUAGCUACAAGUGUAUUAGAAGAGGGUAUCGACGUCCCAGCCUGUAAUAUGGUUAUAUGUUUCGACAAACCGGACAAUUUGAAAGGUUUUAUUCAAAGGCGUGGAAGAGCUCGGAUGAGAGAAUCAAAGCUUGUUCUACUUUUGGAUAACCCUACGCGCCAGGUAGAUGAAUGGACGGCACUCGAGGAAGAAAUGAAGAGGCGCUAUGAAGAGGAUCUGCGGUACAUUCAAGAACUCGUAGAGCUUGAAGAAUCGGAGCAACCACAAGUUGAACCGCUUUAUGUAGCAGAGACCGGCGCACGUAUUGACUUUGACCAAGCGAAAUCCCAUCUGGAACAUUUCUGCAGAGGGCUUUCAACUCGACAGUAUGCCGAUUCGCAACCCUACUAUAUUUUCAAACGAACGCACACUUGGUUGAACGAAUUCCCGAAGAUAACUGCAACUGUCGUCCUACCAAUGUCACUUUCUCCCGAACUUCGCCGGAUAGAGAGCAGUGGAUUCUGGUUUUCAGAGAAGAAUGCAAGCAAAGAUGCUGCCUUCCAAGCAUAUAAGGCAAUAUACGAAGCCGGCCUACUCAAUGAAAAUUUGCUACCCAAGACCCAUGAAUUCUUGAGAAGCUAUGAUACAAGGGCUGGGAUGGCUGAGGUUCAUGAGCGAUGGAGCCCAUGGACGCGAAUUGCGCAUGCUUGGGGUCAACAAAAGGAGAUUUAUCAACGUCGACUACAAUUGAUAAAUCAGAACGGUGGUGUAAUGUGUGAAUUUGAUGUCUCACUGCCUGUACCUUUUCCAGAAUUGCCAGGUUUUGACAUCUUUUGGGACAAAUCGAAUUCUUGGCGAGUCGAAAUGGGAGGAAUGACAGUCGUGUCUGCGACAGAUCUCCACGCCGAUCAAAGCCCGGCAUUGAUGGAUCUAGCAUACGGGCAUCGCAAAUUGGGUGUACGGGAUAGCGCACAAAUCUUGCACAUUCGAUCGCCGACUCAGGAUAUUCCAUUUCACGAGCUUGUCGGUCAUAAAUGUGUGGAAGGGACCCACCUUGACGACACAGUUCUCAUACGAUAUAACAAUGGAAUCCCCUUCGUCUUGAAAGCCUGGCUACCCGUUCUCGACCCAGCUAUUCCAGUGACGGAAAUGCUACGCGAACAACCAUCAGAUGUCCCUUGGUUGCUGUUAGAGAAAUUCUCACGGCGAAAGAAUUUCCUUCAUCCCGUUCUUCUUGGAGAAACAACACCUACUAAACGAGCUCAAAUAGCUAUGCCGGCACACCUUUGUCGAAUAGAUGGCAUCCAUGCAUCCAACGCGUACUUCGGUGCUCUUAUUCCCUCGAUUACUCAUAUGGUAGAGAUCUACCUAGUUGCAAAUGAACUACGCAAUACCUUACUGAAAGAUGUUGGUUACUCGGACAUCUCACUUGUCAGUACCGCCAUCAAUGCCCCAGGUACUGGGGAGGGAACCAACUACGAAAGAAUUGAGUUUCUUGGGGAUGCGAUUCUUAAAAUGUUUACAACGGCCACUGUCACUGCUAAUAAUCCUAAUUACCCAGAAGGGUUCCUUGACGCUAUCAAAACAAGUAUAGUAUCUAAUGCUAGGCUUUGCCGUUCGGCAGUCGAGACUGGCUUGGACAAAUUCAUUCUCAAAAAGGGGUUUGGGAGCAGGAAAUGGCAAUCCCUUUACGUGGAAGAUCUUGUCAAGGCAGAUAUAAAUGCAGAUAAUAAACGGACAAUGUCAACCAAGACACUUGCAGACGUUGUGGAGGCUUUGAUCGGAGCUGCUUUUAUAGACGGCGGACUGACUGGAGGACUGGGUGAAGGACUGGCCAAAGCCCUCACUUGUAUCCGAAUAUUCAUCCCCGAGGUUGAAUGGCGCAGCCUUGAACAAUCUCGUGCUGCUUUGUUUAACCAGACUUCACUGAGCACGGAGCUUAUCGCCCCUCUCGUCCCUCUGGAACAGCUGAUCGGAUAUUCUUUCAAGAACAAGAACCUACUCGUCGAAGCAGCUACGCAUUCCUCAUUCGGCUUCGUGAAUUCAACGGGAUCAUGUAUGGAGCGUCUAGAGUUCCUUGGAGAUGCGGUCCUCGACAAUAUCGUUGUCACCGUCCUGUGGGAUUUCGAACGAGAAAUGGACCAGCGGGAGAUGCACCUUUUCCGCACCGCCUCCGUCAACGCGGAUAUCCUCGGCUUCCAGUGCAUGGAGUGGACUAUCUCGCAGGAGGCCACCGAGAUCGCCGAAGACAAGACGACCGUCACAAAGCACGUCGAGAUCCCGUUCUGGAAAUUCAUGCGCCACUCGUCGCGGGAGGUGGGAGUGCGGCAGCAGGCCACGGAGGACAUAUACACGCGAGAGAAAGAACCGAUUCGCGACGCGAUAAAGAAUAGCCAGGGCUAUCCUUGGGUCGAACUCGCUCAUCUCCGCAUUCCUAAGUGCUUCUCCGACUUCUUCGAGAGCGUGCUCGGCGCCAUCUGGGUGGAUUCAGGGUCGAUGGAGACGUGUGCCCAGUUCGUCGAGAGGGCCGGCAUACUGCCGUACCUGCGCCGCAUGCUCAGGGACCGCGUCGACGUGCUGCACCCUAAGAACCACCUAGGCAUACUAGCGGGGAAGUACACCAAGACGGUGGAAUACAGGAACGAAGUCCGCGAAGUGGAAGACGGGUCUAGGGAGCUGUUCUGCAGGAUCCUAGUCGACGGAGAAGUUAUCGUGGAAGCUGGAGGUGGCGUUACUCCUGAGGAGAUACAGACCAAGGCCGCGCACAUGGCCUACAAGAUCCUCAAGGCCCGCGAGGAUAAUGGUGAGUUGACUAAAAGUAACGCCAAGGGUGAUGUUAUCAUGACAUGA